GCCUGGGCCACUGCCGGGAGAUGCUGCCCGCCCCGGGCGGCGGCGGCGCGGACGGAGCCGCGUUCGCGGAGCUGGCGGGCGCGGAGCCGGCGCGGCAGUGCCCCUCGGGCUCGCUGGGCUACGGCGGCUACCCCUUCGCGCCGGGCUACUACGGCUGCCGCCUGGCCGGCGUCAACCUGCCGCAGAAGCCCUGCGGCUACCACCCGCCCGACAAGUUCGCCGAGGCCGGCGGGCCGCUGGCCGCCGAGGAGCUGCCGGCGCGGGCCAAGGAGUUCUCCUUCUACCCCGGCUUCCCGGGCUCCUACCAGGCCGUGCCGGGCUACUUGGACGUGUCGGUGGUGCCGGCGCUGCCCGAGCCGCGGCACGAGGCGUUGCUUCCCAUGGAAGGCUACCAGCCCUGGGCGCUGGCCAACGGCUGGGACGGGCAGGUUUACUGCUCCAAGGAGCAGCCGCAGCCCGCGCACCUCUGGAAGUCGCCGUUCCCAGACGUGGUGCCGCUGCAGGCCGAGCCCAGCCCGUUCCGGCGCGGCCGCAAGAAGCGCGUGCCCUACCCCAAACCGCAGCUGAAGGAGCUGGAGCGCGAGUUCGCCGCCAGCCGCUUCAUCACCAAGGAGAAGCGGCGGCGCAUCGCGGGCGCCACCAGCCUGAGCGAGCGCCAGGUCACCAUCUGGUUCCAGAACCGCCGCGUCAAGGAGAAGAAGGUGGGCGCCAAGGCCCGCGCCCCGCUCCUGCGCGACUCCUGA